UACAAAUUGAUCCUCAACGACCGCUCCUACAUGAUUCAAAUUGAACUACCAUCAACCACAACCAUCAUUCUUGUCGACGAAUAACUCAUCCAAGAUGGCAAUUACAAUGCAACAGCCAUUACGAAUGGGCUCUACAGUUGUGAUAGCAUCAAAAUCAGCCUUCAGAUCCGCACCUGUACGCGCAUUUCACCCCAGCAAACCCGCAACGAACUUCUUCUCAUCGCGAACCGCCACUCCUCUCAACGCCUUUACCAAAGCUCGCAAUGCCUUCCGACAGUCGAGAUCAUAUCAGAUGCCAGCUGCCUCGCCCACCGCGAGUAGUGCUACAUUGAUGCAAAAGCUAGCUGUGGGAGGUGCGCUGGUGGGAGGAGGAUUGGUCGUCACAAAUCUCAUGUUCAAUCGAGAAACCCGGGAGGAUGGAGGCAUGCCACCUUUCGAACGCGCAUACCUAAAUGACACUUUCAUGCAUACCGGUUUGGGUGUGGGAAUCAUCGGCCUUUCGGCGAGAGCUAUGUUUCAAUCACCACUUGUAUACCGAAUGAUGGCCACCAACCCUUGGAUUGUGAUGAUCGGUGGAUUGGCUGUUAGUAUCGGUACCAUGAUGGGAACAAGGGCUACUUCUCCAGACAAGUAAGUUACGUCCUUGUGAACUUUUCGAAGAUUCCGCUAACAUCAAUAGCUAUGUGCAGAAAUAUGCUCUCUGGUCUGCCUUCAACGUCACCCAGGGUGUCCUCCUCGCCCCUCUUCUCUUCAUGGCACCACCUGCAAUCAUGGCUAAGGCCGGUUUGUACACCAUGGCAAUGAUGGGAUCCAUCUCCUUUGUUGGAGCUACCGCAAAGCAAGAGAAAUACCUCUACAUCGGUGGCCCUCUGAUGGCCGGUCUCGCAGUCGUCGCCGUCUCUGGUCUCGCUCCCCUCGUUGUCCCAGUUACCGCUGUCCGAACCCUCGCAUUUACCGAGAACCUCUGGCUAUAUGGUGGAUUGGCAGUCUUUGGUGGAUUCACACUUUAUGAUGUUCAGAAGAUUCUCGCACAUGCACGAAUGGCUGAGCGAGGUUUGAUUCCAAAGGAUCCGGUUAAUGAGAGUAUUAGCUUGGAGUUGGAUUUCCUCAAUAUUUUCAUUCGUAUGGUUCAGAUUUUGAUGAUGCAACAGCGACGAAAGUAGAGGGGCCUAGGAUACUGUACUUUUCUUUUUUUCCUUCUUCCUUUCAAUACCAUGUCGAGUGGGGGGAGGGGGUCAAGCGA